GGAGCUCAGUGAGAAGCUGUGCAGGAAAUAGGCGGAGCCAACCAAAGCUGAUGACACAGGCUUCCCGGGCUCUCUGUAGUGGGCAGCUGUGUCGGGAGGGCGUACGUUAGCAGUAGCACUGGGUCAGGAAUCAGCAGGUCAGGGGGCUGCACAGCCACGAGGAUUACGGUUUCCCCUGCUCCGCUACACCUGCGCCUCCCUGACCGUUCUGCGGAAGCUGUGAGUGGGCGUUGGAGCGGUAUCGGUGUCUAUAGGAAGUACCUCACACCAGCGCUGUGGCCCCGGUGCCCGGCCUCUGUCAUGGAGAGGAGAGUUCAGUUGGCUGAAGCGGAGUGUGAUCAUGGAAGCACACUAUGAAUAAUGUUUAAAUCUCUUCUACGGUGAGAUCAGUUAAAGUGAGAUUUAGGUCUGAGAUGUAGCAGGAUUACCUUAUUGGAGAAAGCUGAUGAGAGUAAAACCCUUGGGGGUAUAUGGAAUAGGUUGCAACUUCUGUAAUACUGGGGUUUUUGGACAGUGGAAACGGCUACAAGGCAAACAUCCCAGAUGCAUAGGAGGAAGAGAUACUGGUCCCCUGAGGAGCAGCAGAGAUGGAAAGUCAGGAAACCAUCUCCAAGCUUGGAACGUGAUCGGCGACAUAGGCUUAAUUGGAAAACACCACGCAGGUCGCGAUCCAGAAGCCGUGACAGGGAGGCUUACUGGGGGAGGUCUCGCAGACCACGGUCCAGAGAUGUCCGUCUUUCUGUCAGCACUUCCUCUCAAAGUGAGAACUACUCUAUGCGUUCAUCUGCUCUGGAGAAGGCUAGAACCAGAAACCAUCAUCAUCAGGUCUCUCGAAAACGCCGUUCCAGGUCUGGUAGCUACACAUCCUCGAAAAGCCAGCGUAGUGCUAAGGACAGCCAACGAAGUGCUAAGGACAGCCAGCAGAACGUGGAAGAUGACAAGCAAGGGCACCUGGUGUGCUGGACCGGAGAUCGCAUCCUGGACAGAUAUGAAAUUGUGGGAAGUCUAGGAGAGGGAACAUUUGGCAAAGUGAUGGAGUGUGUGGACCAUGGCAGGGGCCGCAUCAGAGUUGCUUUGAAGAUAAUCCGAAAUGUGCAAAAGUACAGAGAGGCGGCCCAGCUCGAGAUCAAUGUCCUAAAGAAGAUUCGGGAGCGAGACCAGGAAAAUAAAUACAUGUGUGUACUGAUGCAGGAUUGGUUUGAGUUCCAUGGACAUGUAUGCAUUGCAUUUGAGCUGCUUGGGAAAAGCACAUUUGAUUUCCAAAAGGAGAACAAUUUCCUGCCCUAUCCACUUCGUCAGAUUCGGCAUAUGGCCUACCAGUUGUGUCAUGCAAUAAAGUUUCUCCAUGACAACAAACUGACACACACAGACUUAAAGCCGGAGAAUAUACUUUUUGUGAAUUCAGAGUUUAUCACUACCUACAACGAGGGGCAGAAGUGUGAAGAGAAAUUUGUAAAGAACUCCAGUAUCCGUCUUGUUGACUUUGGCAGUGCCACAUUUGACCAUGAAUAUCAUACAACCAUUGUGGCGACACGGCACUAUCGCCCCCCAGAGGUUAUUUUAGAGCUGGGCUGGUCUCAGCCGUGUGAUGUCUGGAGUCUGGGAUGCAUCUUAUUCGAGUACUACACUGGCUUCACUCUCUUUCAGACUCAUGAUAAUCGGGAACACUUGGUAAUGAUGGAGAGAAAUCUUGGACCAUUACCACGACGCAUGGUGUAUAAAACAAAGAAGCAGAAAUACUUUCACAAUGGAUCCUUGAUCUGGGAUGACACCACCUCAGAGGGUCGAUAUGUCAGCAAGAACUGCCAUCCUUUAUUGUCCUACAAGACAGGAAAUUCUCCUGAGCAUCGUGACCUGUUUGAUCUUCUGCGGAAGAUGCUGGAGUUCAGCCCCACACUGAGGAUCACACUGACUGAUGCCCUCAAGCAUCCUUUCUUCAAUAACCUGAGUCCUGAAGAAAAGAAUAUUGGAAGCAGGACAUCUAGAGACCUUAGCAGAUAAAGGCCCAGUGUGCACUGACCAGUGAUAUUUAAGCAUUAUACUAUAUUAGGCCUACAAGGUUACUGGUCUGUGCCUGUUCCACAAACAGAUUGUUACAGAACACUCACGCCGCUCAUCUGGAUAUGCAGUAUUGCAUAUCUUGUUUGUAAAAGUUGUCAACAUUUUGGUUCUUGUCACUAUUAGAGAAUUUCCAUUGUAUUCACUACCUUAUUUGGUUAAAUUCCAAUACGAUUGCUACAUAGUGAAACACAAGCCAUCAAAAGUUCCAAGCUGCUGAAGCAUUUUUCCAGUUGUCUUGCAUAAUAGAGGUGAUGAUCUCUGUAGUGUAUGUAUAUAUGUAAACUCAGGGACAAAUGGGGGGAAAUCCUUCUUCAGUACUCUCCACGACUGUGACAGUGACCUAACGUGUAACUGGAGUGGCCUCCUUUUACCUUUGUAUAAAUGGCUCACUGUAUGUGUGGCUGGUGUUGGCGGUAUCUUAAUAUUUUUGUAAUUGAGUUGCCUGAUUAAUAAACUUGGAAGGGAUACCCCCUCUUUUUUUAAAAUUU